ACACAACCCACCUCGCUCUUCGAUAACUUCCAUCGAUAGCCAGGUACCUUACCUAGGUACUUUCCAGGUUGCGAUCAUCGAUAAGCAGAUAAACCCCCCCUGGCGCUUGUCUUAUCCGCUCCCGCAUUGUAUCGAAUCGCACCGUACCGUCCCCUCGGACUGACGUCUUGUUUCUGUCCAAUCUCAUCUCAUCAUCCACCAACUCCUCCGUUCCCCGACACAUCCACCUCAGUUCAGACCCAACAUCUAUCCGCCAGCACCAGCACCAGCACCAGCACUGCCACUACGGACACACACCACUUCUCUCCCCACGCCGUGCCGUACUGCUGCGUCUACCAAUAUUACCCUCGUACUUUAGCUCGUCUACUCUCAUCGUAUCUACCAGCACUUAUCAGCACAUCCUCAUCCAUAACCGCUGCUCAUUCUCAACCCAACAGCAUCCCUCAGCGACUCGGUAAGCACCAAAACGUGGACCCCUCGUUUUCCCCAUUGGGCUGCCCGUCAUCCCAGAACCCGAACCCAAUCAGUCCGCCCUUCCACCGUCCCUUGCGACUCAAGUCCUUGCCAACCGAUUCUUCCGGUCAACGAAACUGACGCUCGCCCGCAGUACCCGUGGCCGCACCCCGUACCCCCGUACCAGCAACAGUACCAGUACCUGACCACCAAUAACCCCUACCCCUCGAUCUGCCCAGCGAUCCAUCCGAGACCCUCCGCCUGCCCAGCCUGUCUAUCCUCAGUCGAACCUCAACGAAUUCGAACUGCCUAUCGAGACUUCGUCCUAGUUGUAGCCGACGUCGUCGUCGUCGUCGUCUUCUUCUUCUUCUUCUUCGCCACACCACUAUACAUCGACAGCUUCCACCCGGCGAUUACGACAUUGUCCGCGUCUCGCUCUGCCGGGACCUGGCCAUGGCGGCUGCCUAAAUCCUCCCUCGACAGGAUUGCACGUUACAAGAUAAACCCGCCUAUUCCGAGCCUUUGCCAGUUGCAAACAUGGCUUCCGAACACAACCCCUUUCGAAGGAAGUCUGCUUCCACCUCGCUUUCCAUCUCCACGCCCCAGCCAGUCUCUACAUCGGCCUUUCUCGAGUCCAUCACUUCCGGCAUCUCGAGGCAGAAUGGCCCCCCGCCCCCCGAGGCCCGGCCGGCUAAGCCAAAGGUUGUAAAGAAGGUUAGGGUCCUUUCGCCGCCACCUUCGUCUCCCUCGUCCCCAGAAUCCGUACACAGCAGAGGCUUCGGACGCCAGGAUGACAGCAGCGACGAAGAUUCCCACGACGAAGACGACCAAUUCUCAAAGCGGUUUCCCGAGCUUCCCGGUGGCCUCCCCGAGGCUGCGCCGCUUCGUAUUGCCAACGCGAGUAAUACCCCCGAUAAUCCCUUUGGCAAGACGCUACAAGACCUGGAAGGCUUGACGGACGUGAAGCCUUCAUCUGGUGGAUCGACCAAAGCUAUGGAUGUCAACGCCUUCAAGAUGCUGUUGCUCACCGGCCAGGCUGGUGCCGGAACACCGCCCCCGCAGACAUCAGUGUCACAGGGAGGUAAGGCGCCCGGUGCAUCAUACGCCGCACCGGAGCUAGAAACACCGCGGACGUCACAAGAUAUCGCGGAUCGCGGCGUUGACGACCAGCGUUCUCUUCUGGCACAUUCUCCAUCCGUGAAGAAGAAGCCUCCGCCGCCUAGCUCAAGGCAUGGUAGGAAGAUUAGCGUGCAGACUUCAGGUCGUCCGCACAUCUCCUCCGAGACUGCGUCGCCCAUCUCUCCGUCUGACGUGAACAAGCCCCUCCCGCCCGCUCCAAGCAGUCACGGCGGGGAUGACACGGAAGAUGUUUUUGCCCGUGAAGCUGCUGGCAAAGUCCCGGAGCAGGACUCCCCCACACCCAGCUCAACACCUACCCCGGCUCUUCCGGCGACAGGCAAGAGACCGACACCUGCCCCUCCACCACGGCGGGGUCACGCACGGAGCCAGUCCUUAACAGCCAAUGCUGGAGCCAACGCUCCAAGUGUACCAAGUUACGAGGCCGACACGCCGCCUCGCUCUUCGUUGGAAUCGCAGCGCUCCAGAUCAGAGAGUUUCCGAAGCAUCAAUGCUCCGGCUCCGCCUCCACCUCGGCGCCCGCACACAUCCCAUCGACAAUCAUUCCAACUAGCCUCGCCAUCAAGUGGUUCAUUUCACGGCGCCAGCCCAGCACCAUCUGACAUUGACACUUCUAUACAUGCUACGGAGCAUACUCCUCCCAAAACUUCACCUCCGCCACCACCACCGGCACGGAAUACUUCCAUACGCCGGCCUCCCAGCGUAAGGAGCAUUGAAGCCCCCAGCAGGAAGAUCAGUGGGGGCAAGGAGAAUGCUCCCCCACCGCCACCACCACGUCAAAGGGGCAGUAGUCGCGGAAGCAUGGAUGGAUAUGGUAUGAGGAGGACGAGCAUCGAUAGCACUAGGGCCAUGGGCAGCAACGUUCCAGAAGAGCCCACCGCGGAGGAUGAUGCACAGCAAGAGUACGACGCAGCUAAUUCAGGCAAGGGUGCGGAUAUUCUCGCCGACCUGGAUGCUCUACAACGAGAAGUGGACGCCCUGAGGGCAGCACAGGGCAAAUAAGGGCACGACCAAGGCGCUCUAUAGAUGAUGGGAGUUGAAAUAGACAGCAGUCCUGGACGGACAUACACGCCCUGGAGGGGCAGCUGGGUUAUCUUAAAUGAGGAUUGUACAUUUACGCACGUACUGGGAUGCGAUAUGAAGUAAUGGAAUGCUUAUGAGUUGACGUUUGUGGUUCAUUGUGCAACGGGCCGUUCGACCCGUGUUCCAGGUGGCUGGAUCCGCGAGAGCUUGACCACAGCCCCUGAGCCAACCAGUGGCCCUUGAUUCCGAGGUUGAUGAGAAAGAACCGUCGUAGGCCACACGAGUACGAGGAAUUGAGUUAUUGGAGAUCCGAGAAGUCAAAGAUGAUAACAGAGCACAGGACACCACGUACGCCAGAAUGAGACGGCAUGCUAUUUUCGGCGGCCGCGGCCGGUCGACAACGCCCCGUCGGCGACCUAGGAGAAAACUCCGUCGGAGCUUGGAGCGGACUCUGAGCCGCCGCUGAGG